AUGGCGGAAUCGUCUUCUUCGUCGUCGUCACCAUCGCCUACUGAGGAGAUCGUUCGGUUGAUCAAGCGAUUAAGCGCUUACGUUACUUUCAAGAUGUCUGGCCUCUUCUCUACAUCAAUUCGCAAUCUGGUUCUCUCUCUCGAUCUCUCAAUCUCAAUCUCUAAAUCCCCAUUUUUCAUUGCUUCUGUAAUCGGAUCUGGUGGGGGUUUUGGUUUUCCGAUGGUCGGAAUCUCUAGAACCGAUUCACGAUCGAUCGGUGCUAUUGCGGGGCUUGCAAUUGCGGUGAUAUUCACAUGGAGGGCGAUAAGAACUCCAGGGAGACCACAAAGAAGGCAGCCAAAGCGAAGGAUGCAAUCCGGUGAAACCUCUAAUGCUGCUGCUCAGUCGAAUCUUGCUUCGAUCCCUCCCGAUGUUACUUCGCCUCGUGAGGAUACCGCAGUGCAAGACGUCGUUGAUCAGUUUUUUCAGCCUGUAAAACCUACGUUGGGUCAAAUAGUUAGGCAGAAGCUUAGUGAAGGAAGAAAGGUAACAUGCCGUCUUCUUGGAGUCAUUCUUGAGGAAUCAAGUCCAGAAGAACUCCAAAAACAAGUAACAGUGAGGUCAUCCGUUCUGGAAGUUCUCUUAGAGAUUACAAAGUAUUGUGAUUUAUACCUCAUGGAAAGAGUUCUUGACGAUGAAAGCGAAGCCAAGGUUCUACAGGCUUUAGAGAGUGCAGGCGUUUUCUCAUCUGGGGGUUUGGUCAAAGAUAAGGUACUCUUUUGUAGUACAGAGAUCGGAAGAACUUCGUUUGUCAGACAACUUGAACCUGACUGGCAUAUCGAUACAAAUCCAGAGAUCAGCACACAACUAGCUAGGUUCAUCAAAUAUCAGCUUCAUGUCUCUGCCGUGAAACCCGAGCGAACGGCUCCGAACGUGUUCACCUCACAGUCAAUAGAACAGUUCUUUGGAUGUACUUGA